UGUUACAAAAGUUCCAAGGACCAGCAGCCCCAGAUGGAGCUGCUCCUGAAUGACUGCAGUAUCACAUACAUUCCCAAAGACAGCAAAAAGAAGAAGCAUGAGCUGAAAAUCUCGCACCAAGGAGCGGAUGCCCUGGUUCUGGCAGUGCAGAGCAAAGAGCAGGCGGAACAGUGGCUAAAGGUUAUAAAAGAUGUGUGCAGCAACUGUAUGGGAGCGGUAGACUCUGAUGGGCCAUUGUCUAGUUCUCCAGUGCACAAGACGGAGCUGGAAAAGAAGUUGUCAUCUGAGAGGCCAAGCUCAGACGGGGAAGGUGCUGUGGAAAAUGGCAUCACUACCGUGUGCAAUGGGAAAGAACAAGUGAAGAGGAAAAAAAGUUCAAAAUCAGAAGCCAAGGGCACUGUGACUAAAGUAACAGGGAAAAAAAUAACGAAGAUCAUUGGUUUAGGAAAGAAAAAGCCAUCAACAGAUGAACAGACCUCAUCAGCUGAAGAAGAUGUUCCAACAUGUGGGUAUCUCAACGUGCUCUUAAAUAACCGUUGGCGUGAGCGGUGGUGCAGAGUGAAAGAUAAUAAGCUCAUUUUCCACAAGGACAGGACAGAUCUGAAGACGCACAUUGUUUCUAUCCCUCUCCGUGGCUGCGAAGUCAUCCCGGGACUGGAUUCGAAGCAUCCCCUGACCUUCCGCCUGCUCCGAAAUGGGCAGGAGGUUGCUGUGCUCGAGGCAUCCUCCUCCGAAGACAUGGGCAGAUGGAUAGGAAUUUUGCUGGCGGAAACAGGGUCUUCAACAGACCCCGGAGCUCUGCAUUAUGACUACAUCGACGUGGAAAUGACGGCAAGCGUCAUCCAGGCUGCCAAACAGACCUUCUGUUUUAUGAACAGGCGAGUUAUAUCUACAAAUCCGUAUCGGGGAAGCACUGCCAAUGGCUACGCCUGUCCGAGUGGAAUGGCACUUCAUUAUGAUGAUGUUCCCUGCAUAAAUGGAUCGUGGGAACCAGAAGAUGGCUUUCCUUCUUCUCGUAGCAGGAACAUUGGAGAAGAAAUGCUUUAUGAUAACGCAGGCCUGUACGAUAACUUGCCGUCUCCAAAAAUCUUUGCGCGCUAUCCGCCAGCUGACAGAAAACCCAAUAGGUUAUCUACUGACAAACUCUCCUCUAACCAUUACAAAUACCCUGUCUCAUCCAAUCUGUCUUCUGCUCAGUCUGUCACUAAUACCUCUGCUGUGGGGAGGGGAUCUGGCUCGCAGUUUAAAGGCAAGAAGCCUCCUGCGACUGCUAACGGGAUCACCGGAAAAGGGAGAACUUUAAAUAGCCAACCGAAGAAAUCUGAAUCGGUGUCAUGUGUGAAGCGCACCGCGUCCAAUGCGGAGCAGUACAAAUAUGGCAAGAAUCGCGUAGAGGCAGAUGCAAAGAGGUUACAAAGCAAAGAAGAGGAGCUGCUAAAGAGGAAGGAAGCGCUCCGGAAUAGGCUGGCCCAGCUCCGAAAAGAAAGAAAAGAUCUACGCGCUGCCAUUGAAGUCAAUGCUGGUAUGAG